GUGUGAUAAUUUGUGUAUAAUACUGUUAAAUGUUACGGGGUAAUGUAGGUUGCGGGAGCAGGGAACCGGAAGAGAGAGAGGGAGGAGCUGGGAGAGGGAGAAAUGCAUUUAGCUGUUAAGACACGGUUUCUGUUACAUAAAAGAUAAAGUUCUCACAGCAGAGUCGUACUCACUUGUAAAACACGGCAAUGGCGUCAUCCUGCAUUCGCUCCCUUCUCUGAUCCGAAGAGCAGAUAGCUUUCCUGCACAAGCGAAAAGACAGAAAGUGAAUAUAUAGGUCAGAUCAACGGCCGGUUUUAAACGUUCCGCGGCAUCAACCGUCGGUUGACACACGCGUUACUCGGGGGCCUUCGAGUUUGCAGUUGCACCGACAGAGGACAACCAAUCCCCUGCAUGCCUGCGUUCACAGAGUGUCGGCGCACAACGCGGUUGGGAGGGUUAUUGGGGGUCUUAAAAAUCUCACGAUAUAUAUAGUGACCGCUGUCGCCACUGAUUCACGGUACCUAAGUAGGUGGUCUAAUGCGUAUUCCUCUUGCCCUCCGCCGGCAGCUGCACGCUGAUACUCCUUUAAACGAUAAAUUAAUGGCAAAAAAAAACACAAGUGCUCUUCAGACACUCCAGGCAGUGUUAAUCGAGCACACUGUUCACUUGUCUUGCGGUGGAUUGGCGCCAGGCUGUGUUGGUUGGGAUUGGCUCCAGCAGACCCCCGUGACCCAGUAGUUAGGAUUUAGCGGUUUGGAUAAUGGAUGGAUGGAUGUUCACUUGUCCCUCUACAGCUCAGCUGCACGCUUGCCGCGUAACCCGCUUGUCUCUCGAUGUUUAGAGGAUUUAAAACUGAAGUUCUCAUCGGCCUUUCUGGUCUUUCCUUUCCCCUCUCCUCUAGACUGCGUUUGUCAACUCGCUCGAGGAAGAAAGGCUUUGCGUUCUUUUAAUCUGAACAAGAGAGCUGAAGCAGGACGUCUGCGCCAUCGCUGCUCGUAUUUUGUGUGCUGAAGUGAACGCUCAUGUUUUUGAUAAAAGUCUUAAAAGCUUUCUGUUUUAAGAAUUAAAGGCCUCGUCUUCCUGUCUCUCGAGCGACUCCGCGACCCAAGCUUUUCAAGUGGCAUCAGGUGGUGGUGUUAUGCAGAUGGAUCCUCAACAGCAGUUGCCCGCUGAAGGUGAACAACCUCAGGACGCCCCCCUUCCACCUGAUCCGGACGAUAUGCCUGCGUGGGCUCCAGCCCCUGUCCGUCCCACUGAUGUGCUCGUGAAAAUGGAUCCUACGGACGAUCCUGAGAGUUUCCUCAUUGGCUUUGAACAUAUUGCUACGUACAUGCGCUGGAACAGGCGAUAUUGGUCUGCCAUUGUGGCCCCAUUUUUGACCGGAGAUGCUCUGAAGGUUAUGCGAAACAUUCCUCUUGAGAGACUGGAUUAUGAUUAUUUUAAGCAGCAAAUUCUUGUUAAUACUUGUUUGAGCUCUUUGGCCAAGGGGCGUAAGAUCCGGAUGUGGCAGAUCGAUCCUAAUCGCCCUAUCGGGGGGCAGAUACAAGACUUGCAGUACCUUAUCCACAGCUGGUUUCGUGGAGACUCCAUCGAGCGCAUCGUCGAAAAAGUCGCUAUUGACGUAGUGCUGUCUGGGAUAAGCGAAGACCUCUGUAAUGAAAUGCUCCGCAGUGAUGUCGACUCGCUGUUGGAUGUGACCCGCAGGUUGGAAGGCGCCCAAUUCGUUUGGAGGAAGACGGGCUACCCCAGUAUAGCUCCUGCUCCUGUUCAACCGCCCCGUCCCCGUCCGAAGGCCAAUCGUAGGGGUUACUUUCCUCAACCUCAGGCUCCGGCUCGUCCUUUCCUUACCUCGGACCAACUUGCUGUGCCAAACCCAUCUCCAGUGUCUCAGGUUCAAGCCCAGGAUCGUGGAGUCGCUGACGUCGCUAGAGGGGGCUCUCAGGCAGGGGCCCCGGGCAGAAGACGCCGUCGAGGAAAUUCCGCAGCUGGGACCGAACGCAGGUGCUUUCGCUGUGAUCAGUCUGGGCAUCUGGCAAGGGAGUGUUGCUUACCACCAGUUCAGACCUUGGAGAUCAGCUUGCCUGAGACUGUGUCUGCUCCGACAGGCGUCUCGCAGCCGCUGAACCAGCUUGAAGAAGACGACUUUGUGUUCUGUUAAAUCUGAAGAAAGGAGCUAAAGCAGUACGUUUGCCCUGGUCGCUGCUUGUAUCUUGUGUGCAGAAGUAAAAGCUCCUGUCUUGGAUUAACCCUGGAAGAUGUUCUCGCCUGUUCAACAAUAAAGUUACUUUUCGUUGGAAACCAGA